UGUGGCCGCGGGUUCCGUUACCUCGGGAGCGUUCGGAACCCUCAGUCCCGCGGAGGCGGUAGCGGCGGGGUGGCGGCGGGCCUCCGGGGUGGCGGCGGCCCUCUGGCACGGCCGCGAUGCUGAACUCCCGUGCCGAGGCGGUGAUGACCGCGGCCGACAGGGCCAUUCAGCGCUUCCUGCGGACCGGGACGGCCGUCAGAUACAAAGUCAUGAAGAACUGGGGAGUCAUAGGUGGGAUUGCCGCUGCUCUUGCAGCAGGAAUAUAUGUUAUUUGGGGUCCUCUUACAGAAAGAAAGAAGCGUAGAAAAGGGCUUGUGCCUGGCCUUGUCAAUCUAGGGAACACCUGCUUCAUGAACUCUCUGCUUCAAGGCUUGUCUGCCUGCCCUGCUUUCAUCAAAUGGCUGGAAGAAUUCACCACUCAAUACACCAGGGAUCAGAAGGAGCCCCCUCCAAACCAGUAUUUAUCCUUAACACUGUUGCACCUCCUGAAAGCUUUGUCCUGCCAAGAAGUUACUGAUGAUGAGGUCUUAGAUGCAAGCUGCUUGUUGGAUGUGUUAAGAAUGUACAGAUGGCAGAUCUCUUCAUUUGAAGAACAGGAUGCUCAUGAAUUAUUCCACGUCAUUACCUCGUCACUGGAAGAUGAGCGAGACCGGCAGCCACGGGUCACACAUUUGUUUGAUGUGCAUUCCCUGGAGCAGCAGUCAGAAAUAACUCCCAAACAAAUAACCUGCCGCACAAGAGGGUUACCUCACCCCACGUCCAAUCACUGGAAGUCUCAACAUCCUUUUCAUGGAAGGCUCACUAGUAAUAUGGUCUGCAAACACUGUGAACACCAGAGUCCUGUUCGAUUUGAUACCUUUGAUAGCCUUUCACUAAGUAUUCCAGCUGCCACAUGGGGUCAUCCAUUGACCCUGGACCACUGCCUUCACCACUUCAUCUCAUCAGAAUCAGUGCGGGAUGUUGUCUGUGACAACUGCACAAAGAUUGAAGCAAAAGGAACAUUGAAUGGGGAAAAGGUGGAACACCAGAGGACAACUUUUGUUAAACAGUUAAAGUUAGGGAAGCUCCCACAGUGUCUGUGCAUCCACCUCCAGCGGUUGAGCUGGUCCAGCCAUGGCACACCUCUGAAGCGCCACGAGCAUGUGCAGUUCAAUGAAUUCCUGAUGAUGGACAUCUACAAGUACCACCUCCUUGGACAUAAACACAGUCAGCGCAGCCCUAAACUAAAUGAGAACCCAGGGCCUGCACUGGAACUGCAGGAUGGGCCGGCAGCCCCCAAAUCAGCUCUGAAUCAGCCAGGGGCCCCCAAAACACAAAUUUUUAUGAAUGGCACCUGCUCCCCAUCUUUAUUGCCAUCCCUACCACCCCCAGUGCCCUUCCCUCUCCCAGUUGUUCCUGACUACAGCUCCUCCACAUACCUCUUUCGGCUGAUGGCAGUUGUUGUCCACCAUGGAGACAUGCACUCUGGACACUUUGUCACUUACCGACGGUCCCCACCUUCGGCCAAGAACCCUCUCUCAACCAGCAACCAGUGGCUGUGGAUUUCUGAUGACACUGUACGCAAGGCCAGCCUGCAGGAAGUCCUGUCCUCCAGUGCUUACCUGCUGUUUUAUGAGCGUGUCCUUUCCCGGGUGCAGCACCAGAGUCAGGAGUACAAGUCUGAAGAAUGACUCUGCCCAGCCUCAGAGCUAGAGCUGAUGGUACUGUCCAAACUCCAGGAAAAAAGCAAAACCAUAUGCUGUGUGUGUGUGCGUGCCAGCACCCCACUAGAGCCCUUCAGCCUUCUGGUGUGUUCUAAGAGCAGGCUCCACAAGGGAGCCAGUGGCCUCGAUUCAUACCAAAUCAGGCUCCCUGAGCAGCUCUGCUAGUGAGCACUGGAAGGUGCUGUCGUGUUAGGAAAGCAUUCAUUAUGUCUAGAGCGUCUUUUUACUCAUCUGAUACAGGUAAUUAAAAGUAACCAAAUUUCAGAAGCCACCUUUUUUAUAUGGUAAUAUGUUAGGUGUUCUGAGAAGGGAGUUACCUUUGUCUAAUCCUCUGAUGUUUCAGCAUAGAUCUUUUAUUUUUAAUAAGCAGGCCUAUAAAAAUUGUUGACAAGAAUUAGUGAAAGUAUUAAAGGCAACACUUCAGAAGAAAAAGUGCCUUUCACUUUCGAUUGCUUUUGUAGCACAUCCAUUCUGAAAAAUAUACAUUAUCUAAGAGUCACAUAAACAAUUUUUGAAAAACUCUAUUCCUUCCAAGUUACUCAAAGGAUAGCAAAAGAACAGUUAAAAGAUGCCUAAAGAACACCUCCCUUCCCUUUUUGUAUGCCUUUUUCUAAUCUUUCAAUUCUUUAUAUGUAGUAAAGGCUCAUCUGCCAAAUCUGCCCCUCCGGGAAAUUCUUUCACUACUUUGUCAGUUGUAAGUGAAAUACUUACUUGUUGCUUUUAUCUUUUGUAUACUGUAUUAAGAGAUAUAGUAUUGUAUAAAACUAUGUGAAUAACCGGAAUUGAGCAGUAUCUGUGCAGCACCUAUGAUUCCUCCGCUCUCUAGGAAACUCAAUUACACAAGGAUCCACUGUGGACAGUUCUUUUGUGUUUAUUUAUUGCCCAUGCAGAGCUCUUAAGGUUUACAGGUAGGAGCUUGGGGCUGUGUGAAAAGACAAUCCCUGCCUUGAUUUGAGAGCUGGAUUAGGAAGGAAAGGCCCUGACCACAGGGCCAUCUCUCUUGACUUCAGUUUCCUCAUUUGUAAAGUGAAGGGUUAGAUUUGAUGACUAUCAAAGUCCAGCCCUUUCCAUUAAAGGAAGAGAGCAGCUUUUUUUAAAAAAACGUAAGUACAGCUGACAUCUAGUACUGUCAUUUUGUUAUAGGCCUAUAUUCUAAAAGAGUAUAUUAAGCAUUUUCUUCCGUUUUCAGAUAAGUCUCAUGAAUGCAGCCCAGGGCUGAAGGAAUUUUGAUGACACAGUAGUACCUAUGUUUUAGCUAGCUUUUUAAUUUAAAAAAAAAAAAGGAUACCAAAUUCAAACUGACUCUUCAAAGAUUUGGAAUCAGACCUAUCCAAAAGUUCACGUGAAGUAAGUCUAAGAACUGUGUGUCCUCUGCUAGGGGUGAGCUGGCAGACACUUCUAGACAAUGCCAUAGUGUCAGCUAAAAGUGCAAAAGCCCAGGUGCUCACCAUUCCUCCGAGCCCAGUGUGCGUUCUGAGGACUCAGUAAAUCUCGCUACCAAUAGAAUGUGAAGGUUCUCCAGGCCCCAACAUCAGUGUGAAAGCAGCUGGAACCAUCCGAUCCAUUCAUUGCUGACCUGCUCCAGACCUUGGCUUUGGUAAUGAAGUGAACACACCAUUUUACCAGAAAUUGUGUGACCUUAAACUGCAUUGCAGACCUGGAGCUUUAAGUAAUUGCUGUUGUCACGGCUUACUCUGAAAUCUGCUGUUAAAGAGAUGUACAAAAGGAGAUAAGCCUUUGAACAUUUGGUUGUAAGCAGAUCUUUGAUGAGAGGGCAGGAUUUGAGCCAGGGUUGUAAAUGUGAAUGAUAUUUGUAUAACGUCUCUUAACCUAACUUAAAGCUGACUUCCUCAUUUUGUAAAUUAUCAGGCACUAAAUAGCAGCCAAAUAUUCUGAUUUCUAGUUUUAAGUUAUUUACAAAGUAGCUGCUUUUCAGAAAAACAUAAGUUAAGCUAGUGGUUUAUGCCAUAACUACCAAUUUAUGUAUCUGCUAAAGGUACUUUUGUAUGUGUUGUGUAUUAUAGCAAUAAAAGAUUCAUUUU